UUAAAAAGAAAUAUACCAAAAGAAGCGGAAACAGAAAAGAAAAGAGAAAAAAAAAAAUGCUGAUGAGUAGAUCAGUUGCUUCAGCCGUUUCACAGGUCUCUUCUUCUACUUCUUCGCUCUUACCAAACUCUAAACAACUCUUCUCCUUCAAAACGCUAUCUGGAUAUCGUUCUUCUUCUUUCUGCGGCGGCUCCAUUCGUAAAGUCAACCAUAAGCCUCUACAAAUGACGAGUUCCAGUAUGACUCCAAGAGCUAUGGCCUCGAAGCAGCUUGAGAACGCUGAUCAGCUCAUUGAUUCCAUCGAAACCUUUAUCUUCGAUUGUGACGGAGUAAUCUGGAAGGGAGAUAAACUGAUUGAGGGAGUUCCUGAAACUCUUGAUAUGCUUCGUGCCAAGGGAAAGAGGUUGGUUUUUGUCACAAACAACUCAACAAAGUCUAGGAAACAGUAUGGCAAAAAGUUUGAGACUCUUGGUCUGAAUGUUAACGAGGAAGAGAUAUUUGCUUCAUCUUUUGCUGCAGCUGCUUACUUACAGUCUAUUAAUUUCCCAAAAGAUAAGAAGGUCUAUGUGAUUGGUGAGGAAGGUAUCUUGAAAGAGCUUGAACUUGCUGGUUUUCAAUACCUUGGAGGGCCGGAUGAUGGUAAAAAACAGAUUGAAUUGAAGCCAGGAUUCCUAAUGGAGCAUGAACAUGAUGUGGGAGCUGUUGUGGUUGGAUUUGAUCGCUAUUUCAACUACUACAAAAUUCAGUACGGAACACUUUGUAUCCGUGAGAACCCGGGUUGUCUUUUCAUUGCGACAAACCGAGAUGCUGUCACGCACCUUACUGAUGCUCAAGAAUGGGCAGGUGGUGGCUCUAUGGUUGGUGCUCUUGUUGGAUCCACUCAACGUGAGCCUCUUGUUGUUGGAAAACCCUCAACUUUUAUGAUGGACUAUUUAGCAGACAAAUUUGGAAUUCAGAAGUCACAGAUAUGCAUGGUGGGUGAUAGACUGGACACUGACAUUUUAUUCGGGCAAAAUGGCGGUUGCAAAACUCUCCUCGUCCUCUCGGGUGUUACUUCAAUCUCAAUGUUGGAAAGCCCUGAUAACAAGAUACAACCCGAUUUUUACACCAGCAAGAUCUCCGAUUUUCUAUCCCCCAAAGCAGCAACUGUAUAAUCAAGUAAGCUCCAGCAUCAAUCACUCUGCAGAACUCAGGAUACUGAAUCUUUUUUAUGGGUUUAUAAAUACAGUCUAUUCAUACUUUUUCUUUGUUUUGGCAAAGCUUCUUUUAUUUGCAGUGCCUACGUGUUGCAUAGCAAAUUAACGAGCCAAUAAGUAUUGUUUAGGAAGAGUUUAUUGAACCAAGAUUUGAUCUGUAAGAGUAAGACUCUUCAUUGACUUUAAACAUUUUCUUAUGUGGUUAUGUGCA